AUGAACUUGAAGAACCUUGAGAAGGAAGCGGACAGACCCAGUCAGCUUCUGCCUCAACUUGUGGAUGAUAUAAACGAGCAAGACCCCGACAGAUUGUUCUGUAUCCAUCCGGUUUCCCAGGAUAGGAUUGAUGAAUGGCGACAUAUCACGUUCAAGGAUCUGUUCAACGCGAUAAACCGAGUUUCCUGGUGGAUUGAGAGUAAGCUGAGUGGCAAGAAUAACGGAGAGCAACAUGUUCUCGCGUAUGUAGGGACAAAUGAUCUCCGAUACGCCGUAUUUGUGCUGGCGUGUAUGAAGACAGGACACGUUGCCUUGCUCGUGUCGACCAGAAAUUCUCUACCCGCGAAUCAGCAUCUGCUCGACUCUACGCACUGCUCGGUGGUGGUCGAUGGCAGUGAGAAGAAACAACUUCGCAAGAACUUGGACGAUCUCACAGCCCAUCAACCCGAAAGCUUCGAAAGAUGGUCUAUGGCUCCAAUCUGGGACAUUUUCCAAGAAUCCCCAUCAGAGCUGUAUCUUUACAGCGAAAAGCUCUCCGAAAUCGCAGAUAAACCCGCCAUGAUAAUCCACAGCUCUGGUACAACGGGCUUUCCGAAGCCAGUCGUCCUGACUUAUGGAUUUUGGGCCACAACGGACAAUUUCAAGAGACUUCCACUCCCGCCUGGACGUCAAUUUGGGCAGUUGUUUUUGCAGUACGAGGGCAAGCUGCGCUUCUUCAACUCGCCCUUGUUUCAUAUCAUGGGAAUGUUUUGUUUGUCUGAAUGCAUAUAUUACCGUACGCCAUUUCUGCUCUAUCCUGACCGGCCACUGACGGCGAACUCUCUCUUGCAAAUUAUGAGAAGCGAAAUUCCCCCCAAAUGGGGUUUGCUCUCCCCAUAUACUCUUCAAGAUCUAUUCUCAACCGAAACAGGGCGCGAAGCCCUUUCAUGUUUCGAAGCCGUGAGCUACGGAGGAGCCCCCUUGUCACAAUCGACCGGCAGGGAGUUAUCAAAGCUUGUCCGCCUACAAGCCGUUCUUGGAAGCAGCGAGACAGCCUACAUCCCAUCGCUUCUUUGUGAGGAUCCUGAUGACUGGGAAUAUCUUGAAUGGAAUCCAGCCUUCGGAGUGCGCAUGGAUGACGUCGGAAACGACCUUUGGGAGCUUGUCAUCCCACGGCCAGAGUCACUUGAGCACCAUGGCGUCUUCUAUACCUAUCCAGAAUUGACCGAAUAUCACACUGGAGAUCUCUUUCGCCCUCACCCGUCUAAGCCUGGGCUGUGGCACUAUGAAGGCCGAAGUGACGACAUUAUUGUGUUGAGCAACGGCGAGAAGUUCAACCCCAUCGACGCAGAGAAAACGUUAGAAUCCCAUCCACUUGUUGAUGGUGCUGCUGUCUUUGGAAAGGGCAGGCUCCAAGCUGUAGCCCUUGUUGAGCCUCGCUGGGAUCUUUUGCCCCAGGAUUGGACACCAGAGUGGCUGCAAAAGUCCAUAUGGCCAACCGUGGACAAGGCGAAUGCUGUUCUGCCCGCUCAUGGGCAGAUUCUAGCAGGCCAUUUUGCAUUUACAUCUCGUGACAAACCAUUCGCCCGGACCGCAAAGGGCUCGAUACGUCGUCGGGAUAUCGCCAUGGCUUAUGAAGCAGUAAUUGAUGAGCUUUAUUCGCCUGGCCAGGGGAAGAAACAGCUGGAAUCCAGCUCUCAAUACCCUCGUGGAUCCAGUCGGGAUGCAAUACAAGAGUGGCUUCAAACCCUUGUAGCCAAGGUAAUCAAAAUGCCCAACACUUUCAGUGUUGAUGAUGACUUGGUCGCAUUGGGAAUAGAUUCGCUGCAAGUGAUGCAGCUUGGUCGCUCUAUCCAGGACGCAUCAAAGCAGAUGCAUCCAGCAGGCGAACAAAUCUCAUGGACAAAUGCAAGGAUAUACGAGCUGGCAACAGUUCGUUCUCUAGCCAAGGCCUUUUUCAGCCACGUUGGUGGUGGUGGUGGUGGUGACAGCAACACUGACAGUGGGGAUAUCCCGUGGACACGUUCAGAACAACUGACACGUUCAGUCUGGAACCAGGCCAAGUUCUUCGGGAAUGGAGGGCUCACAGUUGUUCUAACGGGAUCGACUGGGGAGCUGGGUAGCUACUUGCUCCAUGAGCUGCUGAAAGACCCGUCAAUAGCAGAAAUAUACUGCUUCAACCGCUCCUCUAAUGCGAAAUCUCGACAAAUAAACAGCUUCAAAACGAAACAGCUUCCUGCAUCUUGGCUAUCGGAACAAGCUCGUGUUCAUUUCUGGCAAACCUCUCUUAGUAAUGAAUACCUGGGCCUCACGCCACAGAACUACAAAUGGGUGCGAGAGAGUGUCGAUGUCGUAAUUCAUAACGCCUGGAUGGUGAACUUCAAUCAGCCUCUGUCCACCUUCGAAUCGCAUAUCACUGGAGUGCGAAAUCUGUUGAAAUUGACAGAGGAUUCACCACAGUCUACACAAUUCCACUAUAUCUCGUCAAUCUCGACAGUGGGUGGCUGGCGGGCGACACACGGGCACUCUAUUCAAGAGACUCUUCAUGACGAGUCGGUGACACUUCAUCAGGGCUAUGCAGAAUCCAAAUAUGUGACUGAGACUUUGUGUGGAAUAACCGCUCAGCGCUGUGGCAUCCCUAUCAGCAUUCAUCGUGUUGGCCAGCUAGGUGGCUCUUCGUCGCUAACUGGUGCUAUGUGGAAUCCUCGGGACUGGCUUCCAUCGCUGAUUAAAUCAUCAUUGUCUCUUGGUCAGUUGCCAAAUAGCUUGGGUCCAAUAAAUGUGGACUGGGUGCCAAUCGACACAGCUGCACAAGCAAUAACUCAAAUUGUCCAAUCGCAAUCUCAAGCACGCAACCCAGAACUUGAGGUCUUCCACAUUGUAAAUCCCCAAACAACCAAGUGGGAGCGUCUGGCGGCAACUGUCGCCCGGGCAUGCGGUGCGGAGGUUUUGCCGCUGAAAGAAUGGGUGGCCAACCUGCAAAAGAUUUCACAGCAAGCGAGCAGCGAAAAGAGUCACGAUGACCUGCAAAAUAUCCCUGCUCUCCAGCUGUUGGAUUUCUUCAGCGGUCUGGUCUCGCACCAGGGCCAAGGAGGCCAAGUGCACCCACACGUUGAGGUUUCAAAUGCUCAAAUUCAUAGUGCUGCAAUGCGCAAAAUGAAUGCGGUAAACGAGAAGUUGAUGGAUAUCUGGUUGCAGCAGUGGAAGAAGGGGUGGCUGUCGGAUUUGCAGAUAUAA